AUGGCCGCCGUGAACGGGGACAUACGGAUCGCGGUGCCUCGGAAGCACUGGCCGCCGCAAGCGCUGGACCAGGAAGUGGACGAGGAGGCGCUGGAGGGGAAAACCAUGCUCGCCGGGCCAGGCAAGUUGCUCUUGUACUCCAGGUGUGAAUACAUACACUUUGAUCUUAUUGUUCAGCAAGACCAGUAUUACAGCCCUCAAUAUGUCCAUGCGUUUCGACGGUCGCUCGAAGAUCCUGAAGGUUUCUGGGCCGAAGUGGGUAACUGCGUCACAUGGGACAAACCGUGGACAAAAGUUUUGGACAACUCUCAAGAACCCUUUACUAAAUGGUUCGUGGGCGGCGAGCUGAACGCAUGCUACAACGCCGUGGAUCGGCACGUGGAGGCAGGCCGCGGGGCUAAGUGGGCGUUGGUGCACGACAGCCCGGUCACCCGCACCAAGCGCCGCGUCACCUACGCCGAGCUGCUUGAACAGACAUCGAAGCUGGCGGGCGCGCUGGCGGAGUUGGGCGUGGGCAAGGGCGACCGCGUCGUCAUCUACAUGCCCAUGGUCCCCGAGACCAUCAUCGCCAUGCUGGCCACGGUGCGCCUGGGCGCCGUGCACUCCGUCGUCUUCGGCGGGUUCGCGGCGCGGGAGCUGUGCGUGCGCAUCGACCACGCGGAGCCCAAGGUGGUGAUCGCGGCGUCGGCGGGUGUCGAGCCCAACAAGAUCAUCCGCUACAAGGACAUCCUGGAGGAGGCGCUGGCCAUGUGCAAGUCGCCGCCCGAGCACGUGGUCAUCUUCCAGCGGCGCGGCGUGGCCACGGCGCCGCUCAACGAGCCCCGGGACCUCGACUGGGACGAGCUGAUCGCCAAGGCGGCGCCCCACCCGCCCGUGCCCGUCGAGGCCAACGACCCGCUCUACAUCCUCUACACCUCCGGCACCACGGAUAAGCCCAAAGGCAUCCUGCGAUCCGUGGGCGGCCACAUUGCUACUCUGGCCUGGACGAUGACGACGCUGUAUAACGUAAGUCGCGAAGAUGUUAUGUGGACAGCAUCCGACAUGGGUUGGGUGGUGGGCCAUUCCUACAUCUGCUACGGCCCUCUAGUUUACGGGAUGACCUCCGUCAUGUACGAGGGCAAGCCAGACCGAACACCUGAUGCGGGAUCCUAUUUUAGAGUAAUUCAGGAACACCAAGUAACGGCCAUUUUCACCGCACCCACAGCACUUCGUGUGAUCCGUAAGGUGGAUCCAGAAGUCCGGUUUGGCCGCAAAUACAGCACAAAAUCCCUACGAGUGAUUUUCGUGGCGGGGGAGCACUGCGAUCACGAGACCAAAACCUGGGCAGAAAAGGUUUUCGAGGUGCCCAUCCUCAACCACUGGUGGCAGACCGAGACUGGUCACGUCAUCACCGCCACGGCGCUGGGUCUAGGACACAACAUCAACCCGCCCAAGUUCAGCGCCGGAAUGCCCUUCCCAGGAUACGACGUGCUGGUGCUUCGACAAGAUGGCAGCCGCGCGGCGCCCAACGAAUUGGGUCGUAUUGUGGUGAAGCUGCCGCUGCCUCCCGGAACCAUGGCGACGCUCUACAAGGCCCCCGAACGCUUCGAGGAAGUGUAUUUCUCUCGUUUCCCGAUUAACGCCUUCCGCACGCUCCGCGCUGCGCAGGGCUACUACGACACGAUGGACGCCGGCUACAUCGACGAGAACGGCUACGUGUUCGUGACGGCGCGCGACGACGACGUCAUCAACGUGGCGGGCCACCGGCUGUCCACGUCCGCGUUGGAGGACGUGGUGCUGAGCCACCCCGCCGUGCGCGACGCCCUGGUGGUGGGCGUGCCCGAGCCCACCAAGGGCGACGUGCCGCUCUGCCUCUUCACCCGCCUAACCCUUGUUCCCGGCGCAGGUGUUCAGAAGAGCGAGGGCGAGGUGUGCCGCGAGCUGGUGGUGAUGGUGCGUGAGCUGGUGGGCCCCAUUGCGGCCUUUCGCCUGUGCGCUGCCGUGCGCGGCUUGCCCCGCAACCGCUCGGGCAAACUGGCUCGCAAGACUGUCGCAGACCUCGCUCGCAACCAGUUUGUGAAGAUUCCUGCCACCAUUGAAGAUCCAACAGUGUACCGUGAUAUAAAGGCUGUAUUGCAAUCACUGGGUUACGCUAAGACUGCUCCAGAUCCACAGUGAAUAAUAUAGCUUUACCUGCCUAAAGAGCAAAUAAAAAUUGUAUUAUUACUCAUGAUCAAUAACGAUUUCAUAUAGAAAAUGACUGUUACGAAGCAGCUUUCAUAAGUUCAUGAGUAAAUACUCUAAUCUAUCCACUUUAAUACCAAGAAUGAGUGAAUAUUGCACAACAAGAUAUACUUUACUGCAAAGUUCUUUAUUAUUUGGAUAGAGCAUAUCCAACUUGUUUAUUUAAUGACAGCUAUGCUCUCAUCCACUGCAACAAUUUAUUCCAUUGAAGAGUACUCCACAAUAGUAAUUUACAAUCAAAAGCAUAUGAACUAGAACAAAAUUUAUCAUCUAACUUAUGUAUAAUAGUUUGUAAGUUAUAAUAUAAAAAGAUAUCUAUUUAAAAUACAUUCAUCAACAAACAAAUGAAUUGUCAGAAAUAUUUCACAAUUAUUACAAAUAUAUCCUGAAGUGGAGAUCACAAAGUUAAAAAGUUGUAGUAUAAAACACUAUAUUUCAAUGCAAAAGUACACUUGUAAGAGCACAGAAUCCACCAAUGCCCCUGUUUAUUUCUUCUGGGGCAGUGAAUGUUCUCACUUCUUACGUUUCUUCUUGGAUGGAGAUGAUUUGUUCUUCUGAGAAACAGUAUCAACAACAGAACCAUCCUUACGUUUCCCACCAUCUUGUUCAUCUAUUGCCAUUGGAAUUGGCUCAUCACUUGAUGGUACACUAAAUCCAGGAAUCUGCAAGCAUAACCAACAUAAAAGUAAAUAUGCAAAUAUGGUAACUAAGUGUAAAUUGUAAGAAUCCACUGAAUGAAGUUUCAGAUUGAUUUAUUUAAUGUAUAAAAUUGUACAACACUAGUAAAUAUAGUAUAUACAAG